AUACUUCCUUCUCAGAUUCUUCCGAAUUAAAUAUUUUUACACACUUAUCACUUCACUCUUCAGACUCUCCACAGCUAUGGAGUUUUUCUCUAGUUUUUCUGAUCCACAUCCUCGUGCUUCUGAUUUUUGGUCAUUAGGUUCUGAUUUGCCUUCUGCUUCGUCUCCGGUAUCUGACGGAAACAGUGCAGUUGCAGGAGGAGGAAAGUUUUCCGAUGAAGAUGUUUUAUUAGCGUCAAGCAAUCCGAAAAAGCGAGCGGGUCGUAGGAAGUUUCGGGAGACUCGUCACCCGGUGUAUAGAGGAGUGCGAAGGAGGAAUUCCGGGAAGUGGGUUUGUGAAGUGAGGGAGCCGAAUAAGACGUCAAGGAUUUGGCUUGGGACUUUUCCGACGGCGGAGAUGGCAGCAAGAGCUCAUGACGUGGCAGCCAUUGCUCUGAGAGGGAGAAUGGCUUGUUUGAAUUUCGCCGACUCGGCUUCGAGACUUCCUGUGCCGGCUUCAAAUGACCCUAAGGAUAUUCAAAAGGCGGCAGCGGAAGCCGCAGAGGCAUUCCGGCCUGCGGAGGAAGAGAGAGGGUCGAGGCAAGAGGAUGAAAAAACGAUUACAGAAGAAGAGCGGACUACAAUGUCAGACGAGGUGUUUUUUAUGGAUGAAGAAGCGGUUUUUGGGAUGCCGGGAUUGCUUGCAAAUAUGGCUGAAGGGAUGCUGUUGCCACCUCCUCAGUGUGGAAUAGACAGUGACGAAGCAGAAAGAGAUGGCGACAUGUCACUGUGGAGUUACUCAAUAUAAUAUUAUAAAUAUAAAUAUUAAGAGUACUGAGUGACUAGUUGAGAGUUUUUCUUACAAGCUAAGUGUGCUAGCUUAUUGGGUUCCGUACUCAAGAUUUUUUACUGGUACGGUGGAAUUAGGGAAAGGGGAUUGAGUUUGAUGCAAUGUCUAUACAAAUCAGUAUGAUGUGAUACAUAUAUAUUAUAAUAUAAUAUAGAUAAAAAAAAUUAUAUUAUAAAAUA